GGAAGCAGCCACCCGGUCGCCCCCUCCUUCUUCCCGGCGGAGUUGAAGCUGUGCCGCCGGUGUCCAGGUGCUGGGCUUCCGGACCGGCACGGACCCCCUACCCCGCCCGCGGCCGCCUUGUCAUGCUGCCCAAAGUGGAGACGGAAGCUCUGGGACUGGCUCGGUCGCAUGGGGAACAGGGGCAGAUGCCGGAAAACAUGCAAGUGUCUCAGUUUAAAAUGGUGAAUUACUCCUAUGAUGAAGAUCUUGAGGAACUCUGUCCCGUUUGUGGAGAUAAAGUGUCUGGGUACCAUUAUGGGCUCCUCACCUGUGAAAGCUGCAAGGGCUUUUUUAAGCGAACAGUCCAAAAUAAUAAAAGGUACACGUGUAUAGAAAACCAGAACUGCCAAAUUGACAAGACACAGAGAAAGCGUUGUCCUUACUGUCGAUUUCAAAAAUGUCUAAGUGUUGGAAUGAAGCUAGAAGCGGUAAGGGCGGACCGAAUGCGUGGAGGGAGGAAUAAGUUUGGGCCCAUGUACAAGAGGGACAGGGCCCUGAAGCAACAGAAAAAAGCCCUCAUCCGAGCCAAUGGACUUAAGCUAGAAGCCAUGUCUCAGGUGAUCCAAGCCAUGCCCUCCGAGUUGAGCAUCUCCUCUGCAAUUCAGAACAUCCAUUCUGUCUCCAAAGGCCUACCUCUGAACCACCCUGCCUUGCCUCCUACAGACUACGACCGGAGUCCCUUUGUAACGUCCCCCAUCAGCAUGACAAUGCCACCUCCUGGCAGCCUGCAAGGGUACCAGACCUACAGCCACUUUCCCAGCCGGGCCAUCAAGUCUGAGUACCCAGACCCCUACACCAGCUCCCCGGAGUCCAUCCUGGGCUACUCCUACUUGGACACUUACCAGACCAGCUCCCCGGCCAGCAUGCCCCACCUGAUCCUGGAACUGCUGAAGUGUGAGCCCGAUGAGCCCCAGGUCCAGGCCAAGAUCAUGGCCUAUCUGCAGCAGGAGCAGGCGAGCCGCAGCAAACACGAGAGGCUGAGUACAUUCGGGCUCAUGUGCAAGAUGGCAGAUCAGACCCUCUUCUCCAUCGUGGAGUGGGCCCGGAGCAGCGUCUUCUUCAGGGAGCUCAAGGUUGAUGACCAAAUGAAGCUGCUUCAGAACUGCUGGAGUGAGCUCUUAAUUCUCGACCACAUUUACCGACAAGUGGUUCACGGAAAGGAAGGAUCCAUCUUUCUGGUUACUGGGCAACAGGUGGACUGUACCAUCAUAGCCUCACAAGCGGGGGCCACACUCAACAACCUCAUGAGUCACGCACAGGAGCUGGUGGCAAAGCUUCGUUCUCUACAGUUUGACCAACGAGAGUUCGUGUGUCUGAAAUUCUUGGUGCUCUUUAGUUUAGAUGUCAAAAACCUGGAGAACUUCCAGCUGGUCGAAGGUGUCCAGGAGCAAGUCAACGCUGCCCUGCUGGACUAUACAAUGUGCAACUACCCACAGCAAACAGAGAAAUUUGGGCAGCUGCUACUCCGACUACCUGAAAUCCGGGCUAUUAGCGUGCAGGCCGAGGAAUACCUCUACUACAAGCACCUGAACGGGGAUGUCCCCUACAACAACCUGCUGAUUGAAAUGCUGCAUGCAAAACGAGCUUAGUUACAGCCCCUAGGAGUGCGGCUACCAAAACACAAAGAGAUCGGUGGUGGGGAAAGAAGAACAGGAAGAAAGGGAAAAAAAAAAAAUACUCUGAAUGGCUCCAAGCAACACAAAUUAAACACUUGGUUUAAAGAUAUUGAAUUUAAUAAAGCAUAAUAAUCAGAUACUUAAUAGCCAAUAAAUGAUGGAUCAGGGUAUUUGUAUUGCAGACUGUGAAUCAAAGGCGUCACAUCCCCAAAGAAUUCCGUAUAAAAGACAUUGGAAUGGAGUGAAUUGAACUCACAGGUGGAUCCCAACACCACAUCAGGAUGAAAAUGGACAGAACAGUUCUUGUAUGUUGAAACUGAUCUCCGCUGUGAAGAAAUCUAGGAACUGAUCUGUGUUAUCCGUUAGGCUUUCGCAGCGGGGCGGGGGGGAUUUGAGCUUACAGAAUUCCUCCGUGGUAAAGCUGAACUGAAGCCAUUCUCAAGAGUUCAUCAGCUGCACCAAUCGUAGCCCUUCCCUCUUCCUUUCAAGGACGCAGCACCUUCUGUCCCGUGAUCACGGAAUCUGUACUAUGGACUCUCGCUCAUCCACACCCACUAGUAGCUCCACCAAAUCAUGAAAAGCCUAAUCUUGAAUGUCUGUGUCUUAGACCUGCAAACAGCUAAUAAGAACAGUCUAUGAAUAUGUUAGCUUGCCAUUUUGACUAUGUUCUGGUUUGUUUUGUCAUGUGUUCAUGUUAAAAAAAAAAAAAAAAGCAGGCAGUAUCCCUCUUCUGGUCUUAUAUAAGCAUUAAUUAAUAUUAAGGGCAACGAGUACAAACUUUGCAAGCUUUAGCUUUAGCAUUGUAGGAUUUCAUAAAAAUCUCCAGCAGAAAGGCUUGUUAGACUACAUCAGCCUUUUUAACCAUCAAGGUUUGUAGUUCAUUAAAAAAUACAACAUGAAAUGUAUUUUGCUGGGAUGUCAAGUAGUUUAAAACAAAACUGAAGCGUGGUAAGCUAUGCAAAAUAAAGGAAGGGAUGUGCAGGUAAAUUGACUCGUUGCAAUUGAUCAUCCCCUAAACGCAGAGAGGAAACAGUGAUCUUUACAUAUGGCCUGGAAAGAUAGUAAAGUGAUUCAAAUCUUCCCCAAAAGGGAAAGGAAGAGAGUGAUACUGACCUUUCUAAGUCUAAAAGUCUGCUGUUGAACAAAUUGGAGGACAGAGAAUUGCGAAACAAACUCUCCAAACGACGCUGUCAGUAUUAUUAACAGGCGAUGCCACAGAUAACAGAAGUCUUGCCUUACUUCACAAUUCUCAAAGGUAGCUGCGCAGAUGUGGAUCAACAUUUGUUUAAAAUAAAGUAUUAAUACUUUAAAGUCAAAUAAAAUAGAGUGUUUACAUUCUUUAGGUCCUCUAGGGGGAGGGGGGAACCUGUGAUAUGACAAAAGAGCUAAAGCAGUAAUUUCCUUAAUGUUAUUUUUCUGAUUGGUAAUUAUUUUUAACAGUACUUAGUUAUUAUAUGUCGUGAGACACUAAAAUCAAAAACGGGAAUCUCAUUUAGACUUUAAUUUUUUUUGAGAUUAUCGGCGGCACAAUCACUUGUAGAAACUGUAAAAAAAAAUGAAAGUAUCUCCUAGUCCCUUAAUUUUUUCAUAAAUGUUGCUGGCUUUUGAAUAGUUUAUUUAUAUUGUAUAUCAUAGUUUCAACUGUAGACAAUUAUGAUGCUAAUUUAUUGUUCCUUGGUUUCACCUUCGUCUAAGAUAGCCAAGACUGAAGAAACCAAAUAUAUGUGUGUAUUGUAGCAUGUCAAGUUAGCGGAACAUAGUUCAGAGACAGAGAGGGGUCUUAAUGAAUUAAAAUCAUUCACUUGAUUAAAUGUCUGUAAAUCUUCAUAA